GGCUGAGCGAAAGUGAAACUACGUUUUUUUAGGAGCCAUUUUUUUGUUUAUCCAAAAGGACGGUCUUGAAUUGUCAAUAUACAAUAAAUAGCGUUUAUCAUAGCUCAUCCUUAGGCACAGCAGUAUUCUAUAUUUUAGUGCAUAUUGGUAAACUGCGGUGGGCCUCCAUCAUACAAAAUACAGCACGGUAGCAGCUCUUUAGUCGACAGUUGUUUUGCCAGUCACACGAGUACGGAAGCAUAGACGGUAAAAACUAAUCUUUGUUCAUUUUAGCUUUGGUUGGUUAAGUUUUGGGAGUCAGUGUUUUGGUGAAGCCUGAAUCCUGUGCAGCUCCACUAUGGAUGACACGGAGACAUCCAGCGAUGAAGAUAUUCAAACAGAAAUCAGUUCAUCAGAUUCAGACAUAUCUGAGGUCUUCUCUGUGAUGAGUUAUUGGUCUCUGCCACGGUCUUUCCAUCUUAAAACUAAUCGCCGCAGUUCACAGCAUCAGAAAAAAUUUGAGCCCAGCUGUGCCUCUUUAAAAAGCGACUGGUCUAUAGAUCCACCACCACUUUUCAGUGAUGGAAACAAAUCAGAUUCACCAGAGCCUAGCUCUGUGUCUAUGAAGAGUAACUGGUCUAUGGAUCCACCACCACUUUUCAGUGAUGGAAACAAAUCAGAUUCACCAGAGCCCAGCUCUGUGUCUAUGAAGAGUAACUGGUCUAUGGAUCCACCACCACUUUUCAGUGAUAAAAAUAGAUCUUUACACAGAAGAAGAAGAUUUAAUGAAGGGAAGAUUUUACAAAAUCCAGUACCCAGACAUUUGUCUGAGAAGAGUGUCUGUUCAUUGGAACCCUUAAAAUGCUGGAGUCAAUUUCAGCUCAAUACAUUUAGAUUAAAUCUGAAGAAUAAGUUUGAGUGUCUGUAUGAGGAGACAGCGACGCAGAGAAACCCAACACUACUGAAUGAGAUCUACACAGAGCUCUACAUCACAGAGAGCGACAGUGGAGAGAUCAGUAAUGAACACGAGGUGAGACAGAUUGAGACACAAUCCAGGAGAGCAGUGACAGAGGACACACAGAUCAAAUGUAGGGACAUCUUUAGACCUUUACCUGGACAAGACAAACCCAUCAGAACUGUGCUGACAAAGGGUGUUGCUGGCAUUGGAAAAACAGUCUCUGUGCAGAAGUUCAUCCUGGACUGGGCUGAAGGGAAAGAGAAUCAGGACGUCCAGCUCAUAUUUCCUCUUCCUUUCAGAGAGCUCAAUCUGAUGAAAGACAAAACACUCAGUCUUUCAGAUCUUCUUCACGUCUUUUUCCCUAAAACAAAAGAAAUGGAAAUAUCCAGUGACAAAUAUAAAGUGUUGUUCAUCUUUGAUGGUCUGGACGAGUGUCGUCUGUCUCUGGAUUUUCAGAGUGAUGUGAGGUUGUGUGAUGUAAGUGAAUCAGUCUCAGUGGAUGUGCUGCUGACGAACCUCAUUGUGGGGAAUCUGCUUCCCUCUGCUCUCAUCUGGAUCACCUCCAGACCAGCAGCAGCUGAUCUCGUCCCCUCUGAGUGUGUCCAUCGAGUGACAGAGGUACGAGGCUUCAAUGAUCCACAGAAGGAGGAAUACUUCAGGAAGAGAGUCAGUGAUCAGAGUCUGGCCGAGAGGAUCAUCUCACACCUGAAGUCAUCAAGGAGCCUCUUCAUCAUGUGCCACAUCCCAGUGUUCUGCUGGAUCUCAGCCGCUGUUCUGGAGAAGAUGUUGAGUCAAAAAGGGAGUGGAGAGAUUCCCAAGACUCUCACUCAGAUGUACACACACUUCCUGCUCCUUCAGACCAACAUCAAACAUGAGAAGGACUAUGAGAAGAAGGUGACAGAUGAAGACAUGAUCCUCAAACUGGGGAAACUUGCAUACAAACAGCUGGAAAAGGGCAACCUGAUCUUCUACGAGGAAGACCUGAGAGAGUGUGGCAUUGAUGAGACCGAAGCAUCAGUGUACUCGGGAUUGUGCACUCAGAUCUUCAGAGAGGAGUUUGGCUUGUAUCAGGGGAAAGUCUUCUGCUUUGUUCAUCUGAGCGUUCAGGAACAUCUAGCGGCUCUAUAUGUGCACCUCUCCUGUACAAACCACAAUAUAAGUGUGUUUGACCAAAUCACCAAACAAAUUAAUGAAGACAUCAUCAUGAAAUCUCAUCUGGAACAUGAUCUGGGAAGACAGGAUGCCUUGCUUAUAAAACCUUUUCAUCAACUUCAUUUUGGCCUUUCCAUGGAUAUAUUUGAACUACAUCAGAGAGCUGUGGAUGAGGCUCUACAGAGUAAAAAUGGACAUCUGGAUCUUUUCCUGCGGUUUCUUCUGGGUCUGUCAUUGGAGUCUAAUCAGAUUCUCCUACAAGUACUAAUGAAUCAGACAAUAAGCAGGUCUGAAAGCAAUGAGAGAACAAUUGAGUACAUCAAGAUGAAGUUUAGGACCAUUAACUCUCCAGAGAGAUCAAUCAAUCUGUUCCACUGUCUGAAUGAACUGGGAGAUCAUUCACUAGUGGAGGAAAUACAACAGUAUCUGAAAUCUGGAAAAAUAAAUGAAGCCAAACUCUCUUCAUCUCAGUGGUCAGCUGUAGUUUUUGUCUUGUUGACAUCAGAGAAAAAUCUGGAUGAGUUUAGGCUGAAUGAAUUUGUUGGAGCAGAAAAUAGAGCUGAUCAUGUUCUUCAGAAGUUGUUGCCUGUGAUUAAAGAAUCCAGAAGAGCUGAGUUGAGUAAGUGUGGUGUCACAGAUAAAGGUUGUGAUGCUCUGACUUCAGCUCUGAGAUCAAACUCCUCAUACCUGAAAGAACUGAAUCUGUCUGGGAAUAAACUAGGAGAUUCUGGUGUGAUGCAUCUCUCUUUUGGACUGGAGAAACCUCUCUGUAAACUGGAGAUACUCAGGUUGUGUAACUGUGGUAUCACAGAUGAAGGUUGUGAUUAUCUGACUUCAGCUCUGAGAUCAAACCCCUCACACCUGAGGGAACUGGAUCUUUCCAGGAAUCAUUUAAAAGAUUUUGGAGUUAAGUGUAUCUGUUCUGAACUCAAGAAUCCUGACUGUAAAUUGGAGAUACUGGGGUUGAGCUGCUGUGGAAUCACACUUGAAGGUUGUGCUGCUCUGGCUUCAGCUCUGAUAACAAACCCCUCACAUCUGAGAGAACUGAAUCUGACUCGGAAUAGACUAGGAGAUUCAGGAUGUGAACUGCUCACUGCUCUAUUGAAUUCUCCACAUUAUAAACUGGAGACACUGCAUAUUUACAGGUAUCCAAUGGUAUUCUCAUCUUUCCCUGGCCCCAAAUUUCCACACCGAUAUCCACACCGACUCCGUCGCCACACACUUAUAGAAUAAUAUGCCACUCGGACAGCCACUCUCUCAUCUCUCUCCACCUUAAUUCCAGUGCAGCCCAUCACAGCUGACGAAGAUGCUGAAGCGGUGAGGAGAAUGAAGCUUGGUGAAGCAGCUGGACCAGACAUUGGCCAGCAGAGGUGUGUCACAGUGCUGGAAUUCGAUUUAAUAGCUAGCACAUUUCUUAAGGCAGGCUCUCUAGAAGAUGCCGCCUGUCGACUGGCAGGUCAGCACGACCGUUCCAGUCUGAAAGAAGAAUGGCAACCCAGCUACAUGUGCCAAAUAUGGGACAAUUCGAUUGUUCUGUUAGAUAUUCGAAUGAGUCCUGGAUAAGCCAAUAGGCCAGCGCCAUGGACACUUCUUUAUGUGGACAAAGUUAUGCUGGCCGCCAAAGAGAAAGCCAACUUCAAGCAGACUGUCCAGGCAUGGAGCAACCAGCUGCGGUGGAUCUCCAGCAUCACAUGGUUCGACUACGCCUGUAAUGAUGACAUUUCAGCAGUGGUUGGUGAUGCUUUAAUUAUGGAUGCAAGAUUUAUCUGGCUUAAAAUACAGCCUAGAUAUCAGCAUAUUAAAUAAUUAUGCAAUAUGACAAAUUAUCCCGAAGUUUGAGUGGGGUGUGGAACAUUUUGUGGCAAUUUUUCUAGUUUGAUCUGGACCACACUAUAUGAAAUGUCUCUUGCUCUCACACACAUACACACAGUGACACAGCAGAAUUUAUAGAGCUGCUUUAAAGCAGAUUUUAAUUUGACAUAUUUAAGUUUGCAUCUUUAUUUUCCUAUUUGUUAAUUUGAAGUUGAUUUGAAACUACUGUAUUUGUAUAAAGCUAUAAAUAAACUUGACGUGACUUGACAAACACAGUGCUAUCUCUUUGUUAAGUCACUAACUUCUCAGAAACAGGCCAAGAUGUCACUCUUAGUACUAAUGUGAUGUUGAUGAAACUCUACGUAGAGAUGGAGUUGGGAAUAUAAUAGUGCAAUAAUCAAUAAGGAUGCUGUCUUAUGUUGCUUAAGAAACACCAUUUUCAUGUCAUAUUAUGAUUGCCGUUAGUUUUUAACUGAACUGUAGACAUUGUACAACUAAGUAGCCUUUUUUUUUUCCCUCUGAAGCUAAUUUUUUGCCAGCUAGUCUGAUUUAACAGUCUUUAAGUCAGUGGAGAUGAAGAUGUAGUUCAUAAAAUACAGAUAUUAACGUG